AUAAUUUUAAGAUCUAAAAUCAGUAAAAUCGAUGCGUAUUAUAUAAAGUCGUGUGUGAUUGUCAUGUUGUAUUAAAAACCUCGUUUUGUUUACUUUUGUUACAUACGUCCUUAUGAAAAAUUAUGCUUGAACUGUUGUUCCAUCUUGCAUUGAAUGCUCCGUGUCACGUUGCCAUUAUACCAUAGUGUCCAGUAGGAAUAUUCGUGAGGUUUGUCGUUUGUCGAUAACCGCAUUUCAGCAGAACGGAUUACGCCACUCUUUUAGCUUGCUGGCUGACAAUUUUGAUGUGUUGUUGCUUCGACCUUCACCAGGGAAGACGCCCGAUUGUUUUGGAUUUCAGCUCGCAGGGAUGCUCGGUGACGAAGUUUUGGCUCAGCUAACGGAGAUGUUUGGUGAUUACAUCGACCAGACGCGCAUCCAAACGACAAUGAGUCAGUGCCACGAUCUGGAAACAUGCAUAGAGAUGCUUCUGAAUCAUGAAAAUGAAUUUCCUGAAGAGUGCGUAAAGGUGCAGCCAGUUGUUUCGGAAAACUCUUGGGACAUGAUUUCAUCACUUGCAGACGUGAAGCAACAAGCACAGGCGUCUCCAGCCCCUUCAACUGGUGCCAUCAAAAAGACUUUCGCUCAACAGCCGGCGAAUGAAACACUCUCGUUUACUUCCUUUCUUCAGCAGGGAAACACUCCUCAAGGUUUUGGUAGUUUACCUCAACCCCAGCGAAACGUAGCUCGACGUACUGAAAAAUGGCCCACUAGCUUCGAUUCCAUAGUCGAUCUUGUUAACCAAGGCUACCGAGUUAUGGUUCUAAUGCGUGGUGCACCAGGAUCUGGGAAAUCUUUUCUCUCACGUGCCAUAGUCGAUAAAACACUUGGAAAUGGCGAUUAUCGAAAUCACAUUUUUAGCGCGGAUGACUAUUUCAUUGUGAAUGGAGUUUACAAAUAUCAGGCAGACCGGAUCGAUGAAGCCCACAGGUUCAAUCAAAGUAACGUUCGAGCGAAAGCACGAGACGGGUGGAGCCCAAUCGUGGUGGAUAACACUAAUAUGAGAUUGUGGGAGAUGCAGGCGUAUGUGCAGAUUGCCGCCGAUAAUGGAUACUACCUGGAAGUUCUGGAACCGAUUACCCAUUGGAGAUACAAUGCAAGAAGUUUGUCUGCCAGAAACACCCACGGAGUACCAGAGCAAAAGAUCAAAAACAUGUUAGCCAACUACGAGAAGCUGAAAGACACCACCGAGCUGUACAAAUACUGCAAAUUGGAACACACUAUGCAUCAACCCACAAAAAUGCGUCAUUUCCCUAUUAUAAAGGAGGAUUUACUGGAGCCAAAAAUUGAUGUUAACAGAAUCUGUCAGGAAUCAGUUACGGAACCUGACUCUUUGGACACAAUAAUGAAAGAAUGGUCGAUGGCAGAUUGGGAUGCAUCUAACGAUUCGCAAACGAACCCUGUCAAAAAAGAAAAUGAGGUCGAUCUUACAGACAUUCCUGUCCCCAAACCGCCACGACAGCUCACGCCUAAACAUGCGCCAUUGACUUCCAGCAUUCCAAUGGAUGACCAAUCGAUCUCAACAAAUCAACAAGUCCAGAUUGCUGUUAAAAACGAAACUAGCAAUGUUCCUGAGUGGAGCUGGCCUACAACAAACGAGACCAGCUGGAAGCCUUAUGACGAAGAAAGUGUCAAUUUCUGGACUUGUUCUGACCCGAAGGCAACACAAGUUCCUCCAGUCAGCAACCCGAUAGAAACACCUCUUCCUAAACGAACAGAUCAAUCGUUGCAAGAACCGACUUCACUACUCUUAUCAAGCAUACAAAUACCGGCCAACUGGAAAACGCCUGACAGCUCAACCGGUGUAACACCGAUAAAAUCCUUCCAAAACGAGAAGAAAUCCGAAAAGAAACGAAUCGCUCUGGUUAAACAUCGGAGAGGCUGCAAAAAUGAAAACACUAGCUUUUCGGAAAUCUGCAAUCUCUACCCACUAAUCCCCGUGCAGUAUCUGUGGGAUUUGUUCGAAAACUGCAACGGAGAUGGCGAUUGGACAGCGAACUUGCUGCUAGAAGAGCAAAAGAAUUACGAAUUCGAAGGAGUGUCUGAUUCGGAGGCCGGAGCUGCCGGUGGUCAGUUCGCAUUCGAGUGUGAUUGCAAUGAAACAAUGGUGACCCAAGUGCAUGCCGCCGCCGGUGAUCCCUCCUUUAACAACGGUGUAUCUGGGGGAGGGUAUGAAACCGAUCGAUCCACUGUCAGCUCGGAGUCGCCCCGCAACACAUCGCGACGCAAAGAGAAGCCACUUUCGGAAGACAAGCAUAAUGCCAAGAAACAGUUAGAAUCGUUCGUAGUGCUCGGGAAGGAGCAUUACUCGAAACAUUUACAGCAUAUAAGAGCAGCUAAGGGUAUCAUCAGCAAAGAUGAAAUCGAUGAAGAUUCGGAAGACUCUGAAGUAGCAUUAGAAGAUCCUAUCAAACCAGACCCGGAAGUAUUUGAAGUAACCAUGGGGCUGGAAUUAAUCAAACAGCUACACGUCAUUUUUAAAGAUAAAUAUAAUUCAAAUUCUAUCGUCUUAGAUGAACUAACGGAAGAUCGAACGAAAGUUUUUAUGGCGACGGAAAUGGCAGAACAGUUAUACCUUUCGUUCUUAGAUACCGUCUACAGUUGUAGGGAAGAGAACAAAAUUUACAAGCUCAAACAAGAUGCUCAACUGGCCCAGCAGAUGGAGGUGAAGGAAAAGUAUCCAGUCCUAUUCAAGAAGGCCAGCGACACACCAAAUCUGAACGACAUCAUGGAAAUGGAGUACGCCCUGACGGCGUACCGGAACGAGAUCAACGGUUGGACCAAGCAGGCACCUCAAGAUUUGGCUUCACAAAUGACGCGUCAGAAACUGGUCGACAUGUAUCCCAGUGUCGACGAAAAGGUCCUGGCGGAGAUUCUUCAUGCCCAUCACAACAAAUUUGACGACACAGUCACCGUCCUCAACAAUUCGAUUCCAGAAGAGCUUAGGAAUCAGAUCGCUCGAGAGCGGGAAGCGCUCCUAAAGCGAGCAGAAGCCGAGAAACAGAAACCAACGCCCGCACCCAUUGCAUUACCACUUACGCCCGAUCAAGAAUCGCCGCACAGUGAAGACGCCAUCAAUCUGCAUUUAAAGACGGCAGAAGAAUGUCGCAAUCUGUCCCAGCACCACCAGGAACUAAAGAACGAAUGUCACGAGAAAGCCCGUAAUGCCAUUCAGCGCGGUAUGGCCGGAGUGGCCGAGUAUUACGCCCAGGUCGCUCGGCUCCAUCGGACCAAAAUCGACAUGUACAACAGUAAGGCCUCGAAUGCCAUUAUGGAGGUACACAAACUGACGCUGAACAAUGCGGACGUACUGGACCUGCAUUAUCUACACUCGGAGGAAGCGCUGCAGUGUAUGGAAUUGUUCCUGGCCGAACAGGCCCGCAAGUUGUCCACCCGAAGGCAGCACUACACGGAGCUAUUCAUCAUCACGGGACGUGGAUUGCAUUCAACCGAUGGCAUACCAAUCAUCAAGCACCGGGUGAAGGCAAUGCUUCGGGAUCUUGGCUUGAGAUGCACCGAACUGAAUCCAGGCUUCUUGAAAGUCAAGCUUUACAAUAACCCUGACAUGCUCCAACGGUUAUUAGCAUCCUAAUUUUUUUUUUGACAGGUAUGUAACACGGUAAAUGUGGUGGAACCUCCGCCAAGUGUGUGAAUUUUUAUCAAGCAUUUUUUUUAUUAUCUAAGUCAGAAAUAUCAAAGACUAUUACCAGGUGCCCUCCCUUACUGUUAAACCAAAUACAUUUUCAAUUCAUCGAACUGUAAUUUGGUGCACACCCACGUUUCAGUAUCAAACACGUGUACCUGAUUAUGGAAUUCAUUUAUAUUUCUGUUUGACGUGAUCACAUUUUUUUUGUAUCGAAAUCGAUAAUAAAGUCAACUAAUUUAA